AUGGGUCUACCGACCGACCCCUCCACCCAGCACGACGCUGAUGAUCAUCCCUAUCCUUCCGACAUCGCACUUCCACCUUCUCGCACCAACACCUUCGAGUCUCCUGCCGACUCGCCUUCGCGCCCUUCCACAGAUGCCGAAUCUCAGCUUGAAUUGGCGACUCGUCACCGUCCGAAGCGCAGUCUAGACGUCAAGGACGAUCGCCCUGUCGACUCUCAAGUCUCCCCUUCACGGGACCGCUCGCGACCCAAUGGAAAGCAGUCUAAUAGGAUAUGCGCAAAGUGCGGUGGUCAUCUGACAGGCCAAUUCGUGCGCGCGCUGGGCGGCACUUAUCAUCUCGAGUGCUUCACCUGCCAUGACUGUGGUAAAGUUGUCGCUUCCAAAUUCUUCCCUGUACCAGAACAGCCUCCGAACCAGUAUCCUCUUUGCGAAACGGAUUAUUUCCGCCGACUGGACUUGCUUUGCCAUGCUUGUGGAGGCGCCCUCCGCGGCUCUUACAUCACCGCACUCGAUCGCAAAUACCAUAUCGAACACUUCACCUGCUCCGUGUGUCCCACCGUCUUUGGCGCGCAGGACAGCUACUACGAACACGAAGGAAACGUAUACUGCCAUUAUCAUUAUUCGACGAAAUUCGCCCAACGCUGCAAUGGCUGUCAAACAGCCAUUCUCAAACAGUUUGUCGAAAUCUUCCGUAACGGUCAAAACCAGCACUGGCAUCCGGAGUGUUACAUGAUUCACAAGUAUUGGAAUGUCAGGUUGCAUCAAGGCGGCUCUGCGGACGAGCCGUUGGAUUCUGAGGAGAAUGCAACAGAAGAAUUGCGAAAGAUGGUCAAAGAAAGCGAAGAGAGUGUCGAAGACAAGGUACUCUGGAUCUGGCGCACCCUCUCUUCUUUCGAAGAGAAAUCGGCGACAUGCAUCUCGGAUAUGUUGUUACAUGUCAGCAACGGCGCCUACGUCGACGGAGUCAUGACAGCCAAGAGGUUUAUAACCCAUGUGGAUCUUUUGUUUUCUGCAGCAGAUCGCCUUGACCAAGUCCUACAGUCUCACACAGCGAAGGGUCUUUCCUACUCGAGAGAAGCCAAACUUCUGUGUAAGAAGGUGGUCGCAUUCUUCCAACUACUUGCCGAGUCUCAAGAGACGGGCGUCAGGCGAUUGGGUGUUACCCAGGAGCUUUUGUCGCUCGUCACAGGUCUAGCGCAUUAUCUCAAGCUUCUAAUCCGUAUCUGCCUUCAGGGCGCUUUGAAGUUGGAACGCGAGACUGGCAGCCACGAAGGCUUGACUAAUUUCUUGGAUGAGAUUGGCGCUCUUGACGACAGACUCGAAGCGGAUGAGGAGAGAGAUCCGAGAAGCGAAACAGAAAACUUUGUUGCCCGAUCCGCUGACAAUUGUGCCGUUUGCGACAAGUCUGUUGAAGACAAAUGCUUCUCACGCAGAGACAGAAGAUUCCACGCCCAAUGCCUUACAUGCAGCAAGUGUUCGAAACCUCUUGCCGACGACCACGCGGCAGCGAGGUGGGACGAGCCGUCUCAAAAGGUCCUUUGCGAUCGCCAUGCUGGAAGCUCUACCGAAGGAGACAUUGUCUUCAUCUCCCGUCUCCAACAAUACGUGCAUCUCCUUCGGGUUGCGCAUGCGAGGUUGCUCGCCACACUGCGCACAAGCGGUGCCCUACCUCAUACUUCAGAUGACCCGAAUCUUGCAGACUACGACUCCAACCGUGGGCAUCGUGUUUCGCCGAAGGGUUCUAUGGAUCCUCCAUUGCUUCGCUCUAACACGAGAUCAAAGUCGUACGCAGGCUCAACCAAGCGUGAGCACUCACCAUCAUAUGAACAAACACUUGGAGACAUCCGAAGGUUGCGAUCUACUCGAAUGGAAAAGAAUAUCUCCACCACGAAUCGUAGGGCUCGUACAUCCAGGAUUAUCGAUGGACCAGAAGGUAUGCACGGAGACUCUGAAGAUAGGCUCGAACGCCGUCAGACCGGCAAUUUCCAGAUUGUGGACGAUGGUGAGGCCGGUGGGUCUCGCAUGUCGCAGCUUCAGUUUGGCAACCAUGAAUCCAUGACCCUGGAUGACAUUCCAAGAAUUGUCCAGGCACAGCAAACAAGAGAACAGAGGCCCAAUGCCUCCAAGUUCCAUCGCGGCCCCAUGAUACCUCAAGAACCAAGACCGAAGCUUGUCAAUAACGGCCAUACACGACAUGUUUCGCUCGGUAAUGAAGAGAAGCCAGCUCUCGUGGAAGGUGGAGCUUUCAAGACCAAGAAGUACUUCUCCGAACUUUCAGCUCUCGAGUACUUCAUCGUCCGGCAUGUUGCCGUGCUGUCAAUGGAACCUCUUCUUGAAGGCCACUUCAACCAAGAGGAACUACUUGACCUCAUUGAGACGAAGAGACCCACAUUUUGGGGCAAGUUCGGCAAGGCCUUUAAGCCCGAGGCUACCAAGAAGCACAAGGGUAACAAGCGAGGAAUCUUCGGCGUAUCUCUUGAGCAGUUGGUGGAGAAAGACUAUGCAGAGUCGACAGACGGCAUUGGACCGGGUGCUUUGCGGAUACCGGUCCUCAUUCAAGACGCCAUAUCUGCAAUGCGGACGAUGGACAUGUCUGUCGAAGGUGUCUUCCGCAAGAAUGGCAACAUCAAGAGACUCAACGAUGUCAAAGAGGAGAUUGACUCGAAGGAGAUGGUUGAUGUUGAUCUCACAAAGGAAAACCCGGUCCAAGUUGCUGCACUGCUCAAAAAGUUCCUCCGAGAACUGCCAGAUCCUCUCAUGACGUUUAAACUGCAUAAGUUGUGGAUAACGUCACAAAGAAUAUCUGAUGAAGAGACGCGACGAAGGGUGCUGCAUCUUACAUGCUGUCUUCUUCCGAAAGCACACAGAGACACGAUGGAAGUAUUGUUCAGUUUCAUGCAAUGGGUAUCUUCGUUCUCUCAUAUCGACGAGGAAUCUGGUAGCAAGAUGGACGUUCACAACCUCGCUACUGUCAUGGCGCCCAAUAUUCUGCAUCUGGGCAAGCGGGACGUUCCUCUGGAUGACAACUUGCUUGCUAUUGAGGCAGUACACUCGCUCAUUGAGUACAACGAGUACAUGUGCGAGGUACCGGAAGAUUUGGCUCUAAUUCUCAACGACUCCACUUUGUUCUCUGCCAGCGCUGAUAUCACAACCAAGGAGAUUCUCAAACGAUACGGUGACCGUACAAAGGGACCUUCGACGACACAAGGCGAUGUAGCGCCACCACCUCAAUCCAUGACACCCAAGUCUCGUGAGAGCAGGGGCAGCGCGCCUGUCGUUACUCGUGUCGACACAGAUGCUGAACAAGCGAACGCAUGGGGCAAUGAAGCCAGCGUCCGUCAUGUCGCAGCAGACCUGCCACCACAGCCACCUUUCGCAAUGCACUCAAACAAGUCAUCAGAGAGCCAGGGCAGUCCUACCAGGAACGGCAAUCGCAACAGCGGAUUUACUCCAAGACCCAUGGCAACAUAG